AUGGUCAUGCUGGUUAAAACAACGGCAAUCACUGUGAUGGAGGUGCUAUGCAUCGAUUUUGUCAUGGGAUUGCCUGAGAGCUGGCUGCAACGCCGCCCUUAUAUACACGGGAAAUUUUCCAAAUUUUUGCGUAGAGUUCUGCAUCGCCAGGAGGUUUCUAAAACAAGGUCUUCGGGCUAUCAACAAUAUAUUCGCGGAACCCACGGCCUCGAUACCCGUAAAUGCAUGGUAAAUGGUGGACUACCUUGCCUACUUGUGACGUCUAUGCUUCCAUGGCUCGAAGAUUCAGACAAAGAAGACCAGAUCAAAAAGGAGACUAUCUCGUCCGUUCGUAAGGAUUCGGUUGUUACUAGUAACGCCGACGACGAGCCUGAAGAGUUGCAUAACUAUGACAAAGUCGAGGAGACACUAGAAGAUACCGAAGACUCGGAGGAGUGGAAUGAGAAAGAGCUGCAAAAGCAUACCCUUCCUUGUUCCGCCUGCCACCAUGGGACCUGUGCGUCCAAGCGGUUCAUUGCGAGCCGGCUGUCGCCAAUGGCUGCAAGCUCAUGCGCAGCGUGCCAAGAGUACUAA